ACCACCCUCGACAAUCCACCAACCCCCGAUACCCAUCUCUAAUCAUCUAUAAUGCGUGAGGUUAUCUCCAUCCACGUCGGCCAGGCUGGUGUUCAGCUCGGUAACGCUUCCUGGGAGCUUUACUGUUUGGAGCACGGUAUCAACCCCGAUGGUCGUAUGGACCCUACCAAGGAUGCCGUCGACGGUUCUUUCUCUACAUUCUUCGCCGAGACCGGUUCCGGAAAGUACGUCCCCCGCUCCAUCUACGUCGACCUCGACCCCUCUCCCAUUGAGGAGGUUCGCUCCGGCACCUACAAGGACCUCUUCCACCCCGAGAACUUGCUUUCCGGUAAGGAGGAUGCGGCCAACAACUACGCCCGUGGUCACUACACCGUCGGUAAGGAGAUGUCUGAGCGCGUUAUGGACCGUUUGUCCCGCGUUGUCGAUGGUUGUGAUGGGUUGCAGGGAUUCUUCGUUUUCCACUCUUUGUCUGGUGGUACGGGAUCUGGAUUUGGUGCUUUGUUGUUGGAGCAGCUGAGUUUGGCGUACGGAAAGAAGAGCAAGCUUGAGUUCACUAUCUACCCUGCUCCUCAGGUUUCUACCUCCGUCGUUGAGCCUUACAACUCUGUUCUUACCACCCACGCCACUCUUGAGCACACUGACUGUUCGUUCAUGGUUGACAACGAGGCUAUCUACCAGAUCUGCCAACGCAACCUUGACAUUCAGCGUCCUACCUACCAGAACUUGAACAGGCUCAUCGCCCAGGUCGUUUCCUCCAUCACCGCCUCCCUCCGUUUCGACGGUUCCUUGAACGUCGACCUCAACGAGUUCCAGACCAACUUGGUCCCCUACCCCCGUAUCCACUUCCCUCUCAUCUCCUCCGCCCCCAUCAUCUCCAAGAACAAGGCCUACCACGAGUCUCACAAGGUUCAGGACAUCACCUUCCAGUGUUUCGAGCCCCAGAACCAGAUGGUCGUCUGUGACCCCCGCAACGGCAAGUACAUGGCUUGUUGUUUGCUCUACCGCGGUGACGUCGUUCCCCGCGAGACCAACGCUGCCAUCUCCUCCAUCAAGGCCAAGCGCUCCAUCCAGUUCGUCGACUGGUGUCCUACUGGUUUCAAGGUCGGUCUCAACAACCAGAAGAUGGUACUCCCCCCCGAUUCCGAGCAGGCCGCCGUCGACCGUUCCGUCACCAUGUUGUCCAACACCACCGCCAUUGCCGAGGCAUGGUCUCGUUUGGACCACAAGUACGACCUCAUGUUCGCCAAGCGUGCUUUCGUGCACUGGUACGUUGGUGAGGGUAUGGAGGAGGGCGAGUUCUCUGAGGCCCGUGAGGACCUUGCCGCCUUGGAGAGAGAUUACGAGGAGGUUUCUAUGGACUCUACUGAGACUAUGGAGGAGGAGGAGGAGUACUAA